AUGGAGGCGGACUGGGAUGAGCUAGCCAUUGCUCAGCUGCCGCCCCCAGGACCACAUCUUCCUAAUGUGCCCAUAUCUACAUUCGCAUUUGACACGACGCAAGAACUGCUAUGGACGGGAAAUAACCAAGGGCGCGUCACGUCCUUCUUCGGCCCUCAUCUCGAACGAUAUACCUCAUACCGCGGACACGCAACAUCUGAUGGCCCAGUCAAACAAUUCCUCUUCACCGACAAGGGCGUGCUCUCAAUCUCUAGGAACAGCGUCCACUAUUCCCAUCGCCGCGGGCUCACACAAUGGCAUCUGACGAGCGCCGAGUUCAAGGACAUGAAAUGUAUGAACUUUACUUCCAAAGGUACGCGCGAGAUCCUCGUCGCAGGAUGUCAAGAGCAAAUGUUCAAAGUGGAUGUGGAAAAGGGCUUGAUUACACAUACGAAGCUCCCUGCCGAAGCACAGUAUACCAUUAUGAAGCGCGCUGGACAGUACCUUUGUGCCGCUACUAAGAACGGCGGCAUUCACAUCUUGGACUCGAACUCGCUCUCCGUCAUCAAAGUCUUUGAAGGACACACUGGUAGCAUCAGCGAUAUGGACGCUAAGGGCGACUUCCUCGCAACAUGUGGCUGGUCUCCUCGACAACAGUAUGCGUACAUGCUCGACCCGUUCACCAAUGUCUUUUCCUUGAAGACGCUCAAACAGCUGCCUCCGAUUCCGUUUCACACGGGUGCAGCCUUUGUACGCAUGCACCCCCGCAUGUCCACCACGGCUUUUAUAGCAUCUCAAAACGGCCAGAUGCAGGUCAUUGAUCUCAUGAAUCCGGACUCGGCCAACCUCCGGCAGCUGAACUUUUAUGAGUCUUACCUUACUGGCUUCGAGAUGGCACCAUCUGGCGAGGCUAUUGCGCUGGCAGACUCCAACUCUCAGAUCCACCUGUGGGGUUCUCCUACCAAGGUGCAUUUUCCAGAAUACAGUAACCCUACAGAGACCGCCGACCACAAUACUCAACCGCCGCCGCAAAUGGACUGGAGCCCAGACACGCCUUUGAGCACUGUUGGAAUGCCAUAUUACAAGGAACAGCUGCUCUCGAGCUGGCCUAGUCAUCUGGUCUUUGAAGUCGGCGCCCCUCCACCCAAGAUUGAUAGCGCGAUACUCAACAACAUGACUCGCACCGAGAUCGGCUUCUUUGCCAAGAAUCCCAGAACAAAACGCAGGAAUCAGGCUGAAGCAACACGGCAGGUGGAUAGAGUAAGCGAGUCGUUGUCGGCGCCCAAGUUCUUAAGCGAGAAGACUCGAGCCUCGCAAUCUUUCACCGAACCAGAUGCCAUGGCGUCGGAGACCAUGGAGACUCUGACUGAUCUGCACCUCGACGACGUCACGCGCAAAGAUGUUCCUGCCAUGUAUGGCAACGUAGAAAUCAAGUACAGCAAGUUUGGUGUUGACGAUUUCGACUUUGCAUACUAUAAUCAGACACCGUACUCCGGACUGGAGACGCACAUCACUAACUCCUACGCCAACCCUCUUUUGCAGCUCUUCCGCUUCACACCGUUGCUGCGUAAUCUUGCACUACAGCACACUGCUUCACCGUGUCUCUUCGAGUCAUGCCUCCUUUGCGAGCUAGGCUUCCUCAUCGACAUGCUUGAAAAGGCGGCUGGUCUCAAUUGCCAGGCAUCUAAUUUCCUGAAGACUUUCAGUGGCCUCUCAAAUGCAGUCUCACUGAAUCUUCUCGAAGAGUUCGCGCCUAAUGUUGCGCUCACCAGUAUGAUCCAGAAUCUCAAUCGAUUCUUACUCGAGAAGGUUUCGGAAGAGUUUCGGCAGAUGCUACCAGGUCAUACCGGUCCAUCAGCCAUGGACCAAGUUCUGGAAACCCAGGCGAAAGCAAGCAUGAGAUGUGCACAAUGCAACAACGAGACCAUUCGUGGAGGCAAGAACUUUGUGAACGAGCUCGUGUACCCGGCGAAGCACGUUAUGAAGAACACACGGAUACCACGUCCCACCUUCUCACAAAUCCUGAAGGCAAGUGUCGAGCGGCAAGACCAGACUAGAGGCUGGUGCACAAAGUGCAACCGGUACCAACAGAUGGUGCAGCGGAAGACGAUUCAGUCAGUUCCUGGAGUACUAAUGCUCAACGCUGCUAUACAAAGUCACGAAGCGAAACUAUUGUGGUCUAUACCCAAUUGGCUUCCACAAGAGAUCGGAAUCAUAGUUGAUCAAGGUCAGUUCUACUGCUUUGAGGGCCAAGAUCUGAAGCUACACUUGCAACGUGGAGUACACCAGAUCAUGGUGUACGAGCUUGUCGGGAUAGUUGCCGACAUCAAUAGCGGCGAGCAUCAGAAGCCCCAUCUCAUUGCGACCAUCAACACCGCACCCUCUUCUCGAGAAGAAGAUCUGGAAGACAGAUGGCACCUUUUCAAUGACUUCCUAGUCCGGCCCAUCCCCAAAGAAGAAGCCCUUCGUUUCGAACCAAGUUGGAAACUGCCCUCUGUGUUGACCUUCCAGUUGAAAUCCGCGCGCAACAAGAUUGACGACUCCUGGAAAGAGAACCUAGACACUUCCAUCCUAUACAGAUGGUGGUCGUCCAACCCACCACCCCCGGACACGAAAUUCAAGCUUUUACAUUCCGAAGCCGAGAAACCGCGGCCGGGUUACCCUGUUGCGAUCGAUGCCGAAUUCAUCCGCCUUCAGGCUGAGGAAAUUGAGAUGAAAGCUGACGGUACUCGACAAACUAUUCGUCCGGACCGAAAAGGUCUUGCCCGUGUAUCUGUCUGCCGUGGCGAGGGCGAACAAGCAGGCCUGCCCUUCAUCGACGACUACAUCGCCGUCACCGAAACAGUGGUCGACUAUCUGACUGAAUGGUCUGGCAUCUCGCCUGGAGAUCUCAGCAGAGAGACUUCCCCGCACGCCCCGGUGUCACUCAAACACGCGUACAAGAAGUUGUGGCUGUUGUUGAAUCUCGGCUGUGUCUUUGUAGGACACUCCCUUGCCAACGAUUUUCGAACCAUUAAUAUCCAUGUGCCAAAGGUGCAGGUCGUUGAUACGAGUCAGCUGUGGUUCAAACCGGAUUUCAAGAGGAAGUUGAAUUUGAAGUUUUUGGCGUGGUGUGUACUGAAGGAGAGUAUUCAGCAGGAGACGCAUGAUUCGAUCGAGGACGCGGUAACGGCGUUGAAGCUUUGGAGAAAGUGGCAGGAGUAUGAGGAUGCGGGGGUUGUGGAGACGAUGUUGAAUGAUGUUUAUAGUAGAGGUAGUAUGGUGGGAUUCAAGGCGCCAGGAAGUGGGGGGCGUAUUGGAGGAGGGGGGAGCAGGGUGGUCAGCGGGAAUUUUGGUGGUGGUGGUGUGCAGGGUGUGCAGGGCGGUGGAGAAGUGAAUGAUCCGUUGACGACACCGAAGAAAGGGGGGAGUCAGUUUGGUAGUAUGGGAUUCAGGAGUCCGCUCAGGCGGUGA